AUGGCCGACCCCCGUAUCGAAGAGCUCCCUGACGAGGAGGUCCCCAAGACCCAGGUUGAGGAUGCCGGCGACUCUUCUGAGUCUGAGGCCGGUGAGGAGGCCACCAUCCCCGGCGGUGCUGCCGUCACCAUCCACUCUCGCAACGAGAAAAAGGCCCGUAAGGCCAUUGGCAAGCUCGGCCUGAAGCACGUUCCCGGCAUCACUCGUGUCACUCUCCGCAGACCUAAGAACAUCCUCUUCGUCGUUAACCAGCCCGACGUCUACCGCUCUCCCUCCAGCAACACCUGGAUUAUCUUCGGUGAGGCUAAGAUCGAGGACCUGAACUCUCAGGCCCAGGCUUCCGCUGCUCAGCAGCUUGCUGCCGCCGAGGCUGCUGGUGGUGACCACGCUGGCCACGACCACGACCACGACAAGGGCAAGGGUAAGGCCCCCGAGACGGAAGCCAAGAAGGAGGAGGAAGAGGAUGACGGCGAGGAGGUUGACGAGGCCGGUCUCGAGCCCAAGGACAUUGACCUCGUCGUGGCACAGGCCAACGUCUCCCGCAAGAAGGCCGUCAAGGCUCUACGGGAGAACGACAACGAUAUUGUCAACUCAAUCAUGGCGCUCAGCAUAUAA